AGACUAGCCAUGUACUGAAUUCCUGAAACAAACCUGUGCGCCCUCUAUAAAGGCUGCCCAGAGGCUGACGGAGGACAGAUGGCUUGUGUUGGCGCACACGGCAAUUGAGAUUGAAAAAGAAACCAGACCUGCUUACUUCAAAGCUUAAACCCUGCCUACCUCUUUGCAGACAAACUCCCAAAGCCCUGCUGUAUUUAAAUUUUCUCUCCAGCUCUGUGGCUGCUCCUCCUCCCUGAAGAUGCAGCAACCUGCUCAUCAUUCUCCUGUGGGAAAGGACAAAAGAGCCCCAGAGGAAGAGUGGCUUUCCAAGGGGGAAGAUGAACAACUUCAGUGUGGUGCAGAGAAUAGCAACUCAGGCGAUGUCACAUGGAAGCUUCUAGAAAUGGGUCCUCUUAGCCUUACAGGGAAGGCAGAGCCAUCUGGCCCAGAGGAGCACCCCCAGGGCUGCGAGACUUCACAGCACCCACCAAGCCUGUCCAAGAAGCACUGUGAAAAUCAGGCGACCCUGCUGCAGUUUGACCGGCAGGCCCCUGGCCGCAUUUCCACCUCUCCCACUCUGAGGAGGCUAAGGGGCAGUGGCUGGAGGACUUCGCCCUCACUGCCCCAACAAGAUGCCUUGGAAGAGUCCAUCUGGGGAAGCUGGAGAUUCCUGGCUGGCUCCCCAGGUCACCUUUCCAGGAGUCCACUGGAAAACCCAAAGGAUUCACCACACUCCCUGUAUCCCUUAAAACCCCACUCAGGGCGGCCUGCAGACCCUGCAGGGGCCCUCAACUCCAUGGAGACCGAGACCAGGUCCUUAGAUGAGGGUCCUCUUCCAAAGCUUCAGCCAGUCCAUGAGACGUCUCUUUGCCAGCCCCCUCUUCUGGGACAAGAGAGCCACAAAAUGUCCAGCCCCUCCCCACAGCGCCCAAGUCCUCAGGGUGAAGAAUCACAUGGCUCUAGGUUCUAUGAGCACAGGCGAAGUUCUGUGGUGCUGAACUUGCCUGGACUUGAGGUGUUCCCCGGGGACCUCCUGGUGUCUGACGGAGCCGCCGAUUACCUGUGCCACCCGCUUCUGCUGCUGAAUUCAGAAUCCAAAAAAACAAGAUGGCCUUUCUCCAAGAGAGGAGUGCAGGGCAAAGACAAACACAAGUACCUAACCGAUCUGGAAAACUGCCUGUCUACAGUGAAGAUUACAGACUUCAGGGACUAUGAGUUCUGCAAACUAAAGGAUAAGACCUGGAAUGAAGUCGUGGCAACACAUCAGAAAGUCCCUCCUGACCAAUUAGACUUGAGCAAACAGCAAGAGGCCGUGUGGGAACUUGUCGCGAGUGAAUGCACUUACUUCUUGGACCAUUUAUUAGUUCUUAAGAUGAUCUUUCUGAAUACACUAAAAUAUCUGCAAAUUCACGAGUAUCUUCUGGAUGUGGAUUUAUGGAGACUUUUUGCCAACCUGGAGGAGUUAACCCAGACAAGCCUUGGCUUUGUGAAUAGUCUUUUCAGCGUCAUCAAAGGCUAUGUAGACACUUCCCAGGCUUCGCCAAGGAUGGAUUUCAUCUCUGUGCUUGCAAAGUGUUUCCGCGGAAGCCUCUGCCAGAGCCACCAGAUGUACUGCCUCAACUACUCUGCUGCGGUGUUUUAUCUGGAGAUGCUGAAGCAGAGAGAUGACUUUGGCAUUUACCUAAAAUGGUGUGAGCAAAAUGAACAGUGCGGACGACUUCACCUGCCUGAGCUCUUGGUGGCCCCACUGCACAGGCUGACCCGAUACCCCUUGCUGCUGAAGAACAUCUGGAAAAGGAGUACAGACUCUACAGAGAAAAUCAUGAUCUACUCCAUCAAGGAGAAGGUGGAAAAGGCACUUCGGGAUCUUGAAGGAAAAGUGAAGUGGUUGGACAAUUUCCAAAAAUUUAGACAUCUACAGGAGAUUAUAAUGUGGCCUCCACUUUGGGACAGAGAUAAAAGGUUUUUCAUUCCAGAGGUACAAAAAAAGAUCAGUGAGAUUCAUGUCCUCUUCUGGAAGGCUGGCACUCUGUAUUUGAAACACAUUUUUAAAGAACACAUGGCAGAAAACAUCUUGUCACCAACCAACAGGCACCUUCUCUAUGAAGGAAAAUUAACUCUUGCAGAAAGUGCAAGAUUCCUAGAUGUUUACCUGUUUCUCUUUGAUGACUUCCUCUUAGUUACAAAAACUAAGCGCAACAAAAAGAAACUUGGAGGCUCAGACACCGGCUUGCUGUGUCCUUCACUCACUCCUGAGCUGCAAACCCUAAUAAAAGAGGGCGGUUCAUGUAUGGUAGUCGAUCAACCCAUCCCACUUGACAGACUGGUAGUCAAAAGCAUCGAUCCACUCCACGCACCAGGCUUUGGACUGAAAAACGCUUUUCUUUUACAACAUGAAAACAGAUACCGACAGUGUAUAGCAGCAUUCUUAUUACAAGCCCAGACGGAAGAUAUGAAAAAAGCAUGGAUAACACAAAUAACAGCAGCAAUCUCUCGCUUCACCAAGAACCAAGAAACCAAGAAAAUACCUUUAUUCAGAUUGUCUGCAGAGUCUUCUGAAAUUUAGGGACUUGUAAAACAAGUUGUGUAUUUUUUAGAGGUUUGGGUUUCAAGUAUUUUAUUUCAAUUUUUGUUAACACUUAGCUCGUGUGAGCUAAAAGGAAAUGUGCUUUUUAAAGGCAUUGCAGAAUUUGAGAAUUUGAGCUAGCCAAGUCCUUAGUACAAAGGAAUAACGGCGGCAGCAAAUUUGAGCUCUGAGGAUGCCUGUCCACAUACACGCUGAUACUCAGACCGUCUUCUAAUGCUUCAGUCAGACUCGUGUGAAGCGCAGGCGGAGAAGGAUGCUACGGCAAUCUGUGAGGGGUGAGCGGGGGAAAAAGGGGAGCACCAGGAAGACCGGGCCGCGCUUGUGUCCAUAUGAAUUCUAGCAUGUUUACUCCCUAUCUAUAAAAUCAUGAAACCUAAAAAUUUUUUAAAAAUAAAAA